CCAUUCUUAUUUUGACAUCAGAGAACAACAGAAGGCGCAUGGGAUCGAGCUAUACACGAGAGAAUGAAGCUGAAAAACUUCCCAUGUAUUUGGCGCCUUGUUCAGUUAAAUCUUUAGAGCUUUGCUGCUAAUUUAGUAAAAGUUGAAUGCUCUUGUAUACCCAUUUAAUGGGGCUAUGCUUUCCGAUCUAUACCGUGAACCUGAAUGCGUGUUGCUUUAAAUAAAAUAAAUUAUAACACCGAACAGGAUUGGCAGCUGAUCAAGGAAUACAAGUUUGAUAUUCAUUGUUCUAUUACCCGACUCACUACGAUCUGUCAAAAUACAGUAAUUCACAGUAGCUUCAACAUGGAACUCCAGAAGACUGAAGAUACGAAUGACCAAAGCUGCAAGCAAGAAAAGUGCUUCUCUUCCUCAAUGCCCCUUGGAUGGGUUAGAGAGGUGAGGCAGCGAAAAUCAGGGAAGACAGCAGGGAAGUUGGAUGUCUACAUUGUAAGUCCCGAAGGACAGAAGUUCCGGUCAAGAACAUCUCUGCAUGCUUUCCUCACGCAAAGCAGAGAGGGGAAGUUGGAUAUAAGCUGUUUUAACUUCACUGCAUCUAAAGAUGAGCUCCCAACCUCACAGACAGCCUCUUUAAAAGAAAAGCAGAGAAGAAAGACAAAGAGGGCAAGUACAGAGCAAGUGCAAAUGGAUGAAAAGCUGGAUCUCCCCCCAAAUAAAUCUCAAAGAGACUCUUCCUCCCACAGAAAUGAUACUAAAGAUAGGAAAGAAAAGGCUGGAGAAGAUAGUAACUCUAUUAUUAGCGCAAUUAUCCCAGUACCAGAGGUUGGCAAAGAGGAAACAGAUGAGACUGCAGAGAGCUUCCCAGAAAUGACUCAUUCAGUCUUACAGAAUGAUCUGAAAGAGCAGAAGAGUCCUCCGCGGGUGGGGCUGCUAAAAGAGAAACUGCUCAGGCUGACUCCUUCCAGUAAUGAUCAAAACACCUUACUUUUUCACAAGAAUGAGCAGACAAACGUGCAGCCUUCUGUUCCAACUCUGACUGUUGAAGCUGCCACUGACACUAAGGAUGAAGACGAGGAUGUGCCAAACACAGAUGAAACGCAGAUUCACAACAAUGUCGACUGUGUCAUUAAUUCUGACCUGGAAGCUGAAACCAACAUUCAUAGCGAUGUUGAAUCGGGGAUGUCUUUACCCAACGCCACAAAUGGAAGCUGCACACCUGUAAGAGAAUCUCAAAAUAAGUCCAGAGGUGCGGAAAACAAACGAAAAACAAGCCCUUACUUCAGAGGGAAACCCAAAGACGGACUCAGCCCGCCCAGGAGGAAGGCCUUUAAGAAAUGGACUCCCCCUCGGUCCCCCUUCAACCUCGUACAGGAGACCCUUUUCCAUGACCCCUGGAAGCUCCUGGUGGCCACAAUUUUUCUGAAUAAGACAAGUGGUAAGAUGGCCAUUCCAGUGCUGUGGCAGUUCUUUGAGCGUUACCCAUCCGCAGAGAUGACCCGUGAGGCCGACUGGAAGCCCAUGUCUGAACUUAUGAAGCCGCUUGGACUGUACGAGCUUCGAGCCAAAACACUCGUCCGCUUCUCAGAUGAAUAUCUAAGUAAACAGUGGCGCUAUCCUAUCGAGUUACAUGGUAUCGGCAAGUAUGGCAACGACUCUUACCGGAUCUUCUGUGUUGAAGAGUGGAGGCAGGUGAAGCCUGAAGAUCACAUGUUAAACAAGUAUCACGCGUGGCUGUGGGAGAACCAGGAGGCGCUGGGCAUCUGAAGGGGAGACACUACGGAGGCACGCAGAUCUGUGCCACAGCAGACAACACUGCAGCUUGAAGUUCCAGUUUUUAGACCUGAAUUCAUUUAAUAUCAUGCAGAAAUAAUCCAAAGGUCAGCCCCUUAAUUGCAAAGUUUUACUUCAUGUUGAAUAAAAAGUUUUAAGUGUU